CAACAUGGCGGAUUGCGCUCGAAAGGGGAGAACUCGCGACAGUAUGGAUAAGAGCAUUACUCUUCCGCCCGACGAGAUCUUUCGCAACUUGGAGAAUGCCAAGAGGUUCGCAAUAGAUAUAGGAGGCUCUUUGACCAAACUUGCUUAUUACUCUACAGUUCAACACAAAGUAGCCAAAGUCCGGUCCUUUGACCAUACAGCAAAGGAGACAGAAGGUGACCCUUUGUAUGAGAUCUCAGUACAAGAAGAGAUCACUGCCCGACUUCACUUUAUCAAGUUUGAGAAUACCUAUAUUGAGACGUGCCUGGACUUCAUCAAGGAUCACCUGGUCAACACAGAAACCAAGGUCAUCAAGGCCACAGGCGGGGGUGCUUACAAGUUUAAGGAGCUGAUCGAGAAGAAGCUGAGGCUCAAAGUGGACAAGGAGGAUGAGAUGACCUGUCUGAUAAAGGGCUGUAACUUUGUGCUGAGAAACAUUCCCCACGAAGCCUUUGUGUACGCCAAGCAUGCAGAUUCUGAGUUCCGCUUCCAGAACACACACCCUGACAUCUUCCCCUAUCUGCUGAUCAACAUAGGUUCGGGAGUGUCCAUCGUCAAGGUUGAAUCUGAAGAUAAGUUUGAACGGAUUGGAGGAAGUUCAAUUGGGGGAGGGACCUUCUGGGGUCUGGGAGCAUUGCUCACAAAAACGAAGAGAUUUGAUGAGCUGCUUCAGUUGGCCUCCAGGGGGCAGCACUCAAGUGUUGACAUGUUGGUCAAGGACAUCUAUGGGGGAGCCUACAGUUCCUUGGGCUUGACUGGCGAUCUCAUUGCAAGCAGCUUUGGAAAGUCUGCUACAACAGACAAAGAGUUUUCCAAAGAAGACAUGGCCAAGAGUCUCCUUCACAUGAUCAGCAACGAUAUUGGCCAGUUGGCCUGCCUGUACGCCCGGCUGCACAACCUGAGCAGGGUUUACUUUGGGGGUUUCUUCAUCCGGGGUCACCCAGUAACAAUGCAUACCAUCACGUACAGCAUCAACUUCUUCACCAAAGGCGAGGUGCAGGCUCUGUUCCUUAGACAUGAGGGGUAUCUUGGCGCUAUCGGAGCCUUCCUCAAGGGAGCAGAGGAGGACAACCCGAACCAGUACAGCUGGGGGGAGAACUAUGCCGGGAGCUCGGGUCUAAUGAGCGUCUCCCCCGAUUUGAACCCCAUGCAGCGCGCGCGUAGCGGAACGUUUGACAUGCUGGAAAUGGACCGACUGGAGAGGCAAUUGGUGAACCUCCCCCUGCUGCAGGACCCCUCGUCCUACGUGCCCGACACAGUGGACCUGACAGAGGACGCGCUGGCCCGCGAGUACUGGCUCUCCUGCUUCGAGGACGCCCUGGACGGGGUGGUGAAGCGAGCCGUGGCCAGUCAGCCUGACCUCCCGCAGGCCGCCGAACGGGCAGAGAAGUUCCGCCAGAAGUACCUCCACAAGCUGCAGACUCUGCGCCAUCAGCCUUUUGCUUAUGGGUCCCUCACUGUCAGGAGUCUGUUAGACACAAGAGAGCACUGUCUGAACGAGUUCAACUUUCCUGAUCCCUACUCGAAGGUAAAGCAGAAGGAAAAUGACGUGGCGCUGAAGUACUUCCAGAAGGUGGUGAUGUCCUUGGAGAAACUGAGCUGGGAGCAGCGGCAGUUCGCCCUGGUUAAAGGUCUCCUGGCGGGGAACGUGUUCGACUGGGGAGCCAAAGCCAUCUCUGAUGUUCUUGAAUCUGAUCCAGAAUUUGGAUUUGAAGAAGCAAAGCGCCAACUUCAAGAGCGACCCUGGCUGGUCGACUGCUACAACGAAUGGCUGGAAAGAUUGAAGGGUCCUCCUCACAAAUGUGCCUUGUUUUUCGUAGAUAAUAGUGGAAUAGACAUCAUACUGGGAGUGUUCCCAUUUGUUAGAGAACUCCUCUGCCGGGGAACGGAGGUUGUGUUAGCCAGCAACUCUGGCCCGGCAUUAAAUGAUGUGACAAACAGUGAGCUCCAGAUACUGACAGAGCGAAUCGCUGCCAUGGAUUCAGUCAUUCAAACUGCCCUGAAGGAAGACAAGUUGACAUUAGUCCAGAGUGGCUCCAGUUCUCCAUGUUUAGACUUAAGCCGCUUGGACAAGGCUCUGGCCACAGUGGUGCUGGAGCGCCAUACAGACCUGGUGGUGAUCGAGGGCAUGGGGCGAGCCAUCCACACCAACUACUACGCAAUGCUGAACUGCGAGAGCCUCAAACUGGCCGUGAUCAAAAACUCCUGGCUGGCGGAGAGGUUGGGAGGCAAGAUCUUCAGUGUUGUCUUCAAGUACGAGGUGCCAUUCAAAAGCCAAGAGCUGAAGCAGUAGAAGGUCUCAGCCAGCAGGGGGCGGUGGUGGUCUGUUACUCUCUGAGCGAAGAAGGCGAUGCACAGACUUUGAUUUUGUGACUUGUCCAUGUUGGGUUUGGGGAGUUUUUUUUCUAACAAUAUAAAUCUACAGUCAACAGGCUUGAGCAAAUAAAGCCGUUGUCUGCUGUGAAAAUGAAUGUCCCAGAAAUUUUUUCACCGUCCCAUCAGUGUAAAAGUUUUUUUUUUUUUUUUUUUUUUCUCCCCCCCUCCCCCCC